AUGAAGCAUCUUGCAGCUUACCUCCUCCUCGGCCUUGCUGGCAACACAUCUCCAUCGGCUUCCGAUAUCAAGGGCGUCCUCGAAUCUGUUGGUAUUGAUGCGGAGGAUGACCGACUGGAGAAGCUUCUCUCGGAGUUGAAGGACAAGGACAUUUCAACAUUGAUUCAAGAGGGUUCGUCAAAGUUGGCAUCUGUUCCGAGUGGUGGUGCUGGCGGUGGUGCAGGUGCUGGAGGUGCAGCCCCUGCCGCCGGUGGUGCCGCAGCCGCUGAAGAAGAGAAACCUGCUGAGAAGGAAGAAGAGAAAGAAGAGUCUGACGAAGAUAUGGGUUUUGGUCUUUUCGACUAG